UUGAUUUUUUUUUAUUUUGACCUACGAAAGUGGAAACUAAAUCACGGAAAGAUUCUAAUUCUUAGGUAGAAAAAUAUUUUGAAUAAGAGGUGUAUUUUAGAACUGUAAAAAUUACUUAAAAAUACACAACAAAAUUGCAUUAUAAAUUCUGACCUUGAAUUUAGGCCUAUCGGCAAAUAAAAUUGCAAGUAGUAUCAAUAUUUAUUUCGGGUUCUACUGCAUACAAUCCAUAUACUAAUAUUUAAUAUAUAUAUCUACAUCUAGAUAGCCAUUGCUUUUGAUUAAAUUGUUUCAGAUAAAUAGCCAAAUAGUUUAUUUUUCAAAUAGACAUAAUAUUUCCCUGUCCCGUUUUUUUUUUUUGGGGGGGGGGGCAAAAUUCUAAACCAAUUAAAAUUAGGGAGGGUAUUUUGUAAACAUACAUAUACUGUUUCUCUAUCUCACUCUCAUUUUAAUUUCAACAAUAUCAAUAUUUUUCAACAGAUUAUUGAUGAGCUUCACAGGGAAUAUUUCCCUGCUGCACAAACAAGUUUGCUUGACCGUGAUAGUUCAGAUGGUGAGGAAUAUUCAUCUGACAGUGAGAGUGAUGAUAUGAACAAAAAUGAUAUUCAUGACAGAUGUCAGCUUUAUGCCUGCCAAACUAAUACGACAGAAAGCAAGCCUGAAGAUGUUUCAAUGUCUGAUUUGGGGCAAAUAGUUAGAGAAAAGGUCAAUGAUGGUUGUCAUUGUCAAAUGAAAUGUAUUUCAAACUUAAGUUUUGAGGAGAUUUUGGGGCAUAUAUGUUGCAUGAAAGAACUUUCAAAUGAGGAGAGAGAUAUGUAUCUUAUGGGGAAGCUGAAAUGUAGUGGUACCUGGGAUGAUUCUGGUAAACAAAUCAAAAGACAAAGAUAUCAUUACAACUUUGAUGACAGAGAGAUUUGUAAAGACGCAUUUCUUUUCAUUCAUGCCAUUGGGGAAAAAUACCUCAAAAACUUAGUAAGACACAUGAAAACCAACGGCAUUAGGCCACGGAUACACGGGAAUACUGGGAAAACACCGCACAAUGCCCUGAAAUAUGACGAUACACAGUAUGUUGUAAGCUUUAUUCAGAGAUAUGCCGAGGAACACGGCCUUCCAAUGCCAGCAGCUCCGAGAGGUAGGGAUACUGAUCCACCGAUUUUCUUACCUUGCUCUCUUACCAAGAAGGAUCUCCACGCAAGUUAUUCUGAAGCAUGCAGCACUUCAGAUAUACGAUGUGUGAAGUUGUCCUCUUUUUAUGCUAUAUGGUCUACGUGCCUGCCCAGCAUCCAGAUUGCUACACCGAGGACAGAUGUUUGUAGUACAUGCGAUAAUCAUAGAGUUAAAAUAAUGUAUGCACACACUGAAAAUGAAAAGCUGGAUGCCACACGGCUAUUCACAGAGCAUCUCAAUAAAGUAGAAAGAGAACAUAAGCAUUACAUUAAAUGCAUCGAAGAAGCAAGGAUAGAACACCGGAAUUUAUUCCUAGAAAAUGCUCCACGUGUAGCUUGUUCCACGGAAUAUGUAAAGUCUCAUUACACGUUUGAUUUCGCUCAAAAUGUAACUGUUCCACACCAUUCUAGGCAAGUUGGACCUCUUUUCUUUGAAACACCAAGAAAAAUACAAAUAUUUGGAAUUUGUAUGGAAGGAUCCAGUACCCAGUACAACUACCUCCUUGAUGAGGACCAGACAAUAGGGAAAGAUGGCAAGAGUACACAUGGACCAAAUACCGUUUUGAGUAUCCUCCACCAUCAUUUUCAGGAGUUCGGGUUUGGAGAGAAAUCUGCGGUACUACAUUGUGACAAUUGCGGAGGUUUAUUCCCUUACACCUAAAUUUUAUGUGUAUUCUUCUAUUAUUUUUCCAAACAUCUGUGUGAAAUUACUAAAGGAAUCACUGUCGUAGUUAGUAUAGUAUGCCAGUGCAUCAUUGAUAGUAAUAAAAGUGUAGAUUGAGAUUCUAAAGAUGUAGAAUAAUAUAUUUAAUGUACACGAGGACUUCCAUGCCAAUUUAAAUAGUCCUCGACAAUUGACUUCAAGCAGAGAGAGCCGAACGAGAUUUACAUUCCAGUAGAACUAUUAAGAAAUAAAUUCCACUAACUUUGAAAGAAUUGACACAAAUUUGAUUUAUUUCAGGACAGAACAAAAACAGAUACACCAUAGGAUAUUUGCUGUGGCGAGUCAUGGUUGGACUACACUGGGCCAUUGAGUUAAACAUGCAAGUUCCUGGACACACCAAAUGCCAAGUUGAUGCAGGCUUUGCGCAGAUCAAAAAGAAAUAUCGAAGGGCAGAUUGUGACACAAUAGAGCAUCUCGCUGAAGUAGUUAACAAAUCUUCUCAUGGCAAUAAAGCUGUAAUCGUACAGGACAGGAACCUGGCUUAUUACAACUGGAAGGAGUUUGUAAAAAAUCACUUCAAACCAAUAACAGGAAUAAGAUAAUUCCAUCAUUUUCGGAUUUCAGCUUUACAACCAGGAGUUGUCUUUUGCAAAACAGAUGUAGAAAGCCAAGAGGUCCCUGUUGCCUUAACAGAUAAAGAUGCGCCUGGGGAUUUUCCACAGAAAAUAUUACCGGGAGGUUUAAGCAGAGAAAGGCAGUCAUAUUUGUUUAAACAUAUCAGGUCAUAUGUCAGACCAGAGUUCAGGGAUGUUACAUGCCCCCCAUUGUUAAACGAAGAGUGACGCUUGGAGGUCCCUCGACGUCACUUUUUCUGCGACGUCACUAUGAAGUCAACGUCAAAGUUGUCAUUUUAAGAGUU